UUCUGAAAAGAAACAAAAACAUAACAUUAAAAGAUUUUCCUUAAAGCGGUGGGAAGACUGGUAGAAAAACAUGAACGACAGUUCACUUUCUCUAACUUUGAUUUCGUACACUCUUCUCAUGUUCAAUAGCGGUUACAAUUACCAAUUUCAUGCGUCAUCUAUAUAUAUAAUUAAUAUUAAAUAUUAAUAAUUUCAUUUUUUUUAUUCAUCUUUUGUUGAAGGCAAUUUAUAAAUGAUGUUGAUACCAUAAACUUUGGUAUAUAAAAGAAGCAUAUAAUAAGAGAAUGAAGAGAGGAUAGGCUUAAAUAUAUAUAUAUCCAUCCUCUCUUGUUAUAAUUGUUUUUUGAAGGAAAAAAAAAAGUGGGAAUGAGGAAUUCAGGGAUUAUGAAAGAUGUGAUUAUAAUUGGAGGAUUAAUUUCAACACAAUUUGUUUAUGCUGGAAAUGCUAUGCUUAUGAGUUAUCUCAUGUCUUUGGGUCUACAAUGUUUUACCAUUGUUAUUUACACUUCCUUUGCUACAUUUCUAAUUCUCCUACCCUUUGUUCUUUAUUUUGAAAGGAGUAAAUGGCCCAAGAGAAUAAGUUUCAAGUUGAUGGUACAAUUUCUCCUCCUUGCUUUUGGAGGUGUAACUCUGUUCCAAUCUUUAUUCCUUAAAGGAAUCAAUCUAACCUCAGCAGCAAUGGGAACAGCCAUGCCAAACCUUGCACCGGGAAUUAUCUUCAUCAUCGCGUGGACUUUUCGGUUGGAAAAAGUGGACUUAAGAUGCACAUAUAGUAGAGUAAAAAUAACUGGCACAUUACUUUGUGUCUUGGGGGCAUUCACAAUGAGCUUAAUGCAAAGUAUCUCAAUUUCUUUACCAAUUGAAGGGUUAAAAGUUCAAUCAACAACUCCAUUACCACCAAUUGUAAUGUUUGAUAGAGAAAAGAUAAUUGGUUGCCUCUAUCUCUUGGCUUCAAUCCUUGUUCUCUCAGUCGCCGUUGUUCUACAGGCUUUUACUCUAGGAGAAUUUCCUGCACCAAUGUCUUUGAGUGCAAUAACAUCAUUUUUUGGAGGGUUCAUAACUACAGCAGCUCAAUUAAUUGAAUAUCAUGAAAUUAAAACUGGGUGGUCACUAGUUAGUGCUGGUGACAUGAUUGGCUAUUCUGUUCUGUCAGGUGCAGUAAAUGGAAUAGGCUUAAGCUUCAGUGCUUGGGCACUUGAGAAGAGAGGGCCAGUGUUUGUAUCUAUGUUCAGUCCUGUUGGCACAGUUUGCUCUGUCAUUUUCUCAAUUGUUACUCUAGGAGAUAGUACAGUUAAUAUUGGAAGCAUAGCAGGUAUGUUCCUGAUGUUUACUGGGCUGUACUUUGUGCUUUGGGCCAAAGGGAAAGAAGAUGGUUUAGAGAGUGAGUUUGAUGCAGAGAAGCCUCUCUUAAGUUGAUUUAUUUCCAAAUGUCUCAAAACUAGUAGUAGUGUGUAAACUCUAUAUAUUUUGAUAAGUUAGUGUGUAAUUUUUUUAGAUAAGCAAAUUAGUGUGUAAUUAUUAACUAUAGGAUAGGAUUUGAGAUAGAGUAAUGUAUUAUAUAGGAGCAGCUUAAUUAACUAUCAUUAACUUGGGAUAGAGUGAUGUACUAUAGAUGGAUAAAUCCUACUUCUAAAGAGUAUAUUUUUAUUUGAUGCAUAGCAUAA